GUAUAUGUGGUCAUUGCUUCAAGAGCAUCAAACAUCAUUAAACGAUUUCAUUCAUAACCAGUACAUAAAUUAUAAAAAUUUUAUUCAAGUCAAACAGAAAUUAAAUGAUAAAUACAAAUCGUUUUUCAAUCCUUGUAUAUUUCUACAAUUACAAGACAGUAAAAUCAAAGGUUAUUUAUCAAUAGAUACAUUCUUUAAUUAUAUAAUGAAAAAAAUAUGGAUAGAUCAGACUAGAAAUGGACUUUCUCAAUAUGAUUCAAGUGGUUGUGGUUAUUUAAGCGAARCGGAUUUUGAAGCUUAUAUUUUAGAUCUCAUACCUACAUUAACGCAGUUGAAGAAAUUAGAAAAAAUAUUUUAUUCAUUUUAUUCUUGUAUGGUUGUAAGAAAAUUUUUUUUUUACUUGGAUCCUCUUCGAACUGGGAAAAUACAAAUCAUUGACAUCUUAUCUUGUGGUUUUCUUGAUGAGCUCUUGGAGCUCCGCGAAGAAAAUUGGAGUAAGGAAUCACAGAAAAAAAAUUGGUUUUCUGUUCCAUCUGCUCUUAAUAUUUAUUCGUCAUAUUUAGAAUUGGAUAAAGAUCAUAAUGGAUUAUUGAGCCGCCAAGAAAUAGCAGGAUAUAAAUCAGGUGCUUUCACUUCAGUAUUUUUGGAUAGAGUGUUUCAAGAUUCAUUUACAUAUGAUGGGGAAAUGGACUACAAGGGUUAUUUGAACUUUGUUUUAGCUACAGAAAAUCGGCAUGAACCUCAAUCUUUACGAUAUUUAUUCAGAUUUUUAGAUAUAAAAAAUCAAGGAUACUUGGAUGCAUUUACCAUCAACUAUUUUUCUAGGGCUGUUGCUGAUCGAUUACCGAAGGAGCAACAACAGAUGGUUUCAUUGGAUGAUAUAAAAGACGAAAUAUUUGAUAUGAUCAAACCAGAAAAUCCAGCUAAAAUAACUUUAAAAGAUAUCAUAUGCAGUAAGAUGGGUCAUAUAUUAGUAAACAUUUUGAUAGAUUUUAAUGGAUUUUGGUCUUAUGAGUUCAGAGAAACUCUAACUAAUAAUCGUAUCCCUGACAAUAACUUCAAUGAAAGUUUUGUUACACAUUAACACAUYACAAAAUUAAACAYAUUUAUAAAUUAAAUACUUAACUAUUAAUAAUUAUUGUAUAAUUUAUAGUGUAAUUUAACUUUUUAUAACAUUUAUGCCAUUUUAUAAAUUCUAUACUUGUAUUUUACCAAUUAUUCAAGAAUGUUAAAUGUACGGUAAAAGAUACAAUAUGUUUGUAUAAUAA